AAACACAAAGUCGAUACGAUACAAAACCAACCAGAACACGGCCCGCUAGAUUUGUGUUCAAAUUUUGCAAUUUCCCUAUAUUUAACACAAUUUUUGAUAGAUUUUACGAACAACACGAAAUUAAUACACAACCAUACACAAACAUGACACGACACCACUUUUUGCUAGCUCUAAAACUAAUCUAACAACGCAAAUUAGAGCAUAUACCCGCUUUUCCUCUUGUUACCAAACACUUGUGAAAGAGCGGAUUGCAGCACACAAACCUCUAUUGGGGCCCAAACCGCAAACUAUGGCUUAAAGCGCUUAUUCAAACACCCUUCAUCUAAAUUACCCGGCAACGGAGACGAAACCUCUGUAUUUUUCCAGAAUCAUAGAUCUGGAAUAUUGGGAUUUGAAUGCUUUUCUCCUACAACCUUGGGUUUGUGUUCUUGUGCUUUUGAGCAUGGUUAAGAAUAUAAGAUAUAUCUGAAUAACUUAAUUUGAGAGAUGAGAGGUUUAUUUGGAUGUUUGAAUAGAGAUAUGAGUGAUGGAACAAGUUCAAUUGAUCGAAUCUCGGAACUACCUGACUUCAUUCUUCACCAUAUAUUGUCAUAUCUUUCAACAAAAGAGGCUGCUCAAACGGGUGUUAUAUCCAAGAGGUGGCGAUAUGUUUGGGAAACAUUCCCUAUCCUUGAUUGUAAUGAAUGGUUUUUCGGAAGAGAAUUGGAUAUACUUAAUCCGAAGGAGCUUGGGAUUCCUAAAGAUGAGCGUCGUAAGAUUUUCAAUCAAAGAUUGAAGUUCAUGAGCUAUGUUGAUGAGAAGCUUCGUCGAUUUCGUGAUGAGAAUCUUUGUGUGAAGAAGUUUUUUCUUCAUAUAACCCUUGUGAGUAAUGAUUUAACCCCUCGUGUUGAUACGUGGAUGUACCUGGUAGCUGAUUUGUGUAUUCAGGAAUUAGAUCUGUAUAUUACUAUGGGAAGAGAAAGACUCUAUGACCUGUCUAAGAAGUUACUUACAAUGGAAUCGUUAACCAUUCUAACGUUAAGAGGCUGCCUUCUAUUAAGCAGCCGUCUAGACAGGAAUGCUGUUAAGCUAUGCUCUUUGGUUGAGCUGCUUCUUAGGGAUGUCUCUAUAGAUGAGGGUACAAUCCAAGAUCUCAUUUUCUCCAUUCAUUCAAUGAAAGUAUUUACUUUAUUGAACUGCUUAGGUUUUGAGAAUCUUGAAAUAUGUGAUCAUGAUAAGCUGGAGAAGAUGGUGUAUCAUCCUCACAAAGACUUCAAGGCCAAAAAGCUUAGCAUUAAGGUGCAAACAUUAAAAGAAGUUGAUUUUUGUAGCGUUGAUGAAGAAAAGAGGGCAUGUGAAAUCAUUGUCAGUUCUGUUUGCCAAAAUCUGAAACGUUUGUCUUUAUGCGGGAUUCCCAUAGAUGCAAAGUGGCUACAGAGCAUGAUUCCAUCCUUUCCUUUGCUUGAGCAUCUGUUUUUGGGUGGUUGCAUAUUGCAAGAAGUUAUGAAACUCUCAAGUCAAGCUCUCACGGAAAUGCAUGUUUGCAAUUGUAAGAAACUGGUGGAAGCAGAGUUUGAUACACCUAAUGUACAUUCAUUUGUGUAUCGUGGGAAGACCAUGCCUCGCUUAUAUUUAAGUAGUUUUGCUGCUUAUCGGACAGCAGAGCUUUCUGUUCGUCUUGAAAAUAUGGACAGUUUAUGGCUCAUGAGGUUGAACAACUUUCUCAAAGAUAACAAAUUUCAGGACCUGACUUUUUGUAUGACUGCUAAAUCAGAUAAGGCUAUCUCUUUCAAUGUUGAGGACUAUGUGGGAAUCCAGUUUUCUCCCUUGGAACUCAACAUUAUGAAGUUGGUUACGCAUACAUUGACAUCAGUAAACUAUGCAGCUCUUUUAGAUGCCUUAUUUUGGAACUUGCGUCCCAGGAUAUUGUCUUUAGAGCUUAAUUAUUAUUCUCCUGAAUUUUUGAAAGGAAUACUGAAAGGUUUGUUGGCUAAAGAAGAACCAAGUUGUUACUGCUCUCAGAAUCUUGAAUGUUGGCGUCACUCAUUGAAGGACAUAAAGCUAAUAACUGUGAAAGGUUUGAAGAGUAAUAUUGUGUUUAAUGCGAUAACCUUGAACAAGCUGAUUAAUUUCUUGGAUGAUUGGGUGAUUGAAGCCCAGAAAACUGUUAAAUCUUGUGAAUAUCUCAAAGUAGAAACUUUAUCUUUUCAAUUGUCUUGGCAAUAUACUAAUAUUGUACAGUAACAACACCUUAUGUGAGGUGUGGUAUAUUAGAAGCGGGAAUAUAUGUGAUGCGGUGAUGUCCUUACGCUGCUAGUGUUUGGAAGGCUUCCUAUAUUGCAGACUUCCAAUAUUUGGUGAUGUAGUGGGAUGGGUAGAGUGGAUUUUUUUUUGAAAAAAAAAUAUCAAAAAAAUCCUGAAGUAAAAAAAAGAGCAGAAUAAACCUGUGAAUGAGAUGAAUAAACCUGCUGGGAAUAUGGUAGCAAAGAGGUCUGAUGCAGUUUGGCAUCCUUCUGUGGCUGGUAAGCAGGAGGUGAAUACUGAUGUAUGGUACUUGCUUUGGAGAUCGAGGUGGUAGUUGGCAUGGGAAUUAUAAUAAGAUACCAUAGUGGGGGUCUGUACAACGAACUAUCUGUAAGCAGUUGAAGCAAUCUUUGUAUGCUAACAUUGUCGAAGAAAAGGCAAUCGUGCUUGACCUUCUGAUGGCUCUGCACAGCAAUUCCUGUGCUAUAAAAUUUCUCCAAGCGACUGUUUGCAGGUUGUUAGUAUGGGAUUUAGGUGUAAUAGUAAGGGAAGCUUAAAAUUUGCUAAAUGUUUUGAUUUAGGUGAGUAUUUUCAUAUUUCAGAGAAGCUACUGAGGUUGUUCAUGCCACGGCACAGCCUUAACCCCCUUGAUUGCCCUAUAAGAGUGUGGGUUUGGGGAUGUCCGUUGGUUGUGGAAGAUGUAUUAGCUUUGAACUAUUGUCUAUCUAUAAAUAAAAGCUAAUAUAAUGAUGGUUUUAUCUAAGAAAAAACACCUUUUGACAAACUUACAAGUACUAUAGUAUGACUGCUCUGUUAACUCAUGCAUGAUUAACCAAAUACCUACUUUGAUUUGUUAACUCAUGCAUGAUUCACCGAAUACCUACUCGUACUUCUUAUGAUUGAUCAUAUUGUAUUUUAAUGCAACAUUUUCAAUAAAUAAAAAUAUACUAUUUUUUCUAUA